AUGCAGAGGCACGAGGCAGAGGUGAGCAACUCUGACUGGCAGCAUCCUAAGCGGAGUUGUGGGAAGAGAAGAAGCUGGGAAGAACUGGCCCCCUUCCAACAGCCAGCCCCCAAGCAUCACUUCCAGGACCUGAGGUUGGAGGCUGGAAAGAACUGGAACGGGAAAGGGGAAGGUGCAGGGCAUAAUGAUAGGAGAAGGAAGACCAACGGGUAUGAGACUGAGGGGCAGGAGGUCCCACCCACCCCAGCACACCCCAACCAGGCCACUGUUUUCCAGGCCACCUGGGAAUGCACCCUCAUUUCAGGUUUCCAAGCUGAACGCCCCGAGGUUGGCCUUGGCAAAGGGCUGGCUGCAGGUGGCACCUGCCUUUCUUCCAGCCUUCUACCUUUCUUUCUCUCUAUUCUCCUUUCACCUUUCUCCUUGUCCUUCCUGCAGAUGGAGUCUGGAAUGCAGAUGGGUGCCCUCUCUUGCCUCAGUCUGAUCCUGCUUCUCUUGAGUCAAGUGCCAGGGAUUCAGAAUCAAGAAUUCCAAUUUGGGCCAUGCAGAGUGCAGGGGGUAGUCCUCCAGACACUGUGGGAGGCCUUUGGGGCCAUGAGGGAAACCGUGCAAGCUCAGGAUAACAUCACGAGCAUCCGGCUGCUACAUCAGGAAGUUCUACAGAACGUCUCGGAUGCAGAGAGCUGUUACCUCGUCCAGGCCCUGCUGAAAUUCUACCUGGAUACCGUUUUCAAAAACUACCACAAUAAAACAGUUGUAUCACAGAACCUGAAGUCAUUCUCUACUCUGGCCAACAACUUCAUCGCCAUCUCGUCCAAACUGCAACCCAGUCAAGAAAUUGAGAUGUUUUCCAUCCGUGAGAGCGCCCGCAGGCGGUUUCUGCUAUUCCACGGAGCAUUCAAACGGUUGGACAUAGAAGCAGCUCUAACCAAAGCUUUUGGGGAAGUGGACAUUUUCCUGACCUGGAUGGGGAAAUUCUACAAGCCGAACGCCUAG